AUGGUAAUGGCCUGUGUAGUAGGUGGUACGCUUGCAGGUAUUGUUCGCGACUACCGAACCCAGGUCGAUUUCCUAGCCGUCUACCUCGCCGAAGCUCACGCCAAUGGAGUGUGGCCUCUGGGGACAAAUGUCAGCUACAUGAAACGUCACAAGUCUCUUCAAGAGAGGAUUGAUGCAGCUAAAGAUCUUCUCAAGAUAGAUGCCGAGUCACAUGAUUGCAUGACUGAUGACGUCAGUGAUUCUUCCAAGUUCCGCCUCGUCGUUGAUCAGAUGGACAACCUCUUCUCCAGGAUGUUCAAAGCGCACCCAGAUCGGGUGAUAUUUAUCCGUGAUGGGAAGAUCGUGUAUUUCGGUAAAAGUAUCAUAGAUCAGAUGCAGGACCCUUCACGCCUGAUGACCCAUGAAGCACGUGAAUGGUUGGAAGCGAACCUUGGGCCAGCUUCAAAGCAGUAA